GAGAGAGAGAGAGAGAGAGAGAGAGAGUCAAUAGAAUACUGGCAAGAUCAACUUUAAAAGAAACUAAGGAUACCCAAUUGGGAAGGCACAUAUGACAUAUUACAAUUUCAACAUUCAACACAUAACAAACCAAUUAAUAGUAUCAAGCAAUAGUUGCCCCUCUUCUGUAUCAUCUCCCAAAUCCUUUCUCUGUCAUCUUUAUUCACACCAUCCAGGUGCAAACAAAUCCCCAACUCCCCCUCCCCCCUCUCCAAAAAAAUUAAAAAAUAAAUUCCAAUCCUCAAAUUUCUCAUGAAUCGAUUGAUUCUCCUCUUUUCACUUAUCCAUUCUAUUUUCUGCUGUGUUGAAGCACAAUCUUCCUCAGCCGGCAAUUUUGAAAGCGUCGGAGCAGUAUUUGCUUUCUUUUUUAUACUAUUCAUACUUCUGGCUACAUACAUCAAAUUCUGGCACAGAACAAGGGUAGUUCACGACAAUCAGCAAACCGUUGAUGGGUCAAUAAGACCGAAUCCACGCUCUUCGGGGAUCGAUAAGAUAGUGAUCAAAUCGCUUCCGUUUUUCAAGUUCUCUGCCCUUAAAGGGUUAAGGGGAGGGCUGGAAUGCGCGGUUUGUCUGUCCAAAUUCGAAGACAUUGAAGUUCUCCGGUUAUUGCCAAAGUGCAAGCACGCAUUUCACAUCAAUUGCGUCGAUCAGUGGCUGGAAAACCACUCCAGUUGUCCUCUUUGCAGGCAGAGAAUCAGCAUCGAGGAUUUAACGUACUCGAAUAGUUUGAGGUUUUUAUCGAGCCAGUCGGAGGUGAGAGAGGGCUCGAACGUGGAGCUGUUUGUUCAGAGGGAGGAUAGUCGUCGACACGGCUCAUCCAGAUUUAGCAUUGGAAACAGUUUUAGGAUAUUCGAGAAGGGCGUUGUAAACGAUGACGAGUUGCCAAUCCGAGAAGAUAGCGAUGUUGUUGAUGAAAAUGACAAGUUUUUGCACAAGUUCAAUCACAAGAUCGUUAUGUCCGAUGCCAUUCAAAGAAAAAUGUCUGAUGCUGUUCUGAAGGGCAGGUGGAGCAAUCUUAGUUCCUCUGACCUUCUGUUCUUGAAUUCAGAAAUGCUUGACGAUGUCUCGAGCAAUAGGUUUUCUCCUUUGAAUUCACACACGCAAGAAAGCUUGACUACGCAGACGACUGAAGAAGGUGGAAUCUCGAAGAUUAAGGACAAGAUGGGGAGCGAAAGGGAAUUCGAAACAAAGUUUGGCAAAUUAAGCCGGAACGAUUCACACCCAUUAUCUAGUGGUGCUAUUACUUCCAAUCCAACGAGGAAUUUGCAACCGAAUGAGAAGAGAUCGAUGUCAGAGAUAGCUGUUCGUUCAAGAUUCGAGGAAUUCGAUACGCGGAGCAAUAGUGUUAAGGAAUCCUCUGUUCCUAAAACUGCUUACCAAGGAGGAAAGAUUGAAGAGGCUUUGGCUGCCUAUCGCACGAAAAACGGUUCAAUCGUACGGUAAUAGAGAUAGAAAGUAUCGACAGUCCAAUUACACAAGACAAUCAUUGAAUGUGUAACUUCAGCUAUUUGCCUCUCAAUGUUUGUGUUUUCCUGAUGUUUUGGAGGUUGAAGUCCAUCGAUCAUUCAAAGAAAUGUCUUGUUUUUGUAGUUUUGUGUUUUCCUCAUGUUCGUGUCAGAAUUUUUUCAAGCUUAAUCCAACCUGUUUGGUUUUUUGUGUUA